AUGUUGUGGAUUGUUUACGUAAUAUUAUUAGCAUUUAUAAUGUUAGUAGUUUGUGUGAACUCAACUUAUACGAUAUGUAAAUCGAAAAGACGACUCGAUGGAAAGACUGCGAUAGUAACUGGAGGUACAGCUGGUAUGGGAUUACAGAUUGCCAAAGAUUUCGCAAGCCGUGGUGCCCGAAUAAUAAUCGCAUGCCCAUUCCAUAAAGAAGGUGAACAAGCACGCAAAUAUAUUAUCAAGAAGACAGGAAAUAAAGAAGUUGUAUUCAAACUUCUUGAUUUAUCAUCCAUAGCAUCAGUGAGAAAGUUUACAAAUGAAAUACUCAAAGAAGAGGAAAGAUUAAACAUAUUGAUAAACAACGCUGGAGUUUGUAUGGCUAAAGAGUAUAUUACUGAGGAUGGUUUAAGUUCUACAAUGCAAAUCAAUUAUUUCGGGCAUUUUCUACUUACCUUAUUGCUGCUUCCUCUUUUAAAAAGAUCAGCUCAUUGCUCGGAACCAUCUGGGAUAGUAAACGUGACUUCUCUAACACAUUUCGUAGCGAAAGUAGAUUUUGAAAAGACGAAUGAUAUUAAACAUUGGACAUCUUUUCAAAUUUAUGCAAACAGUAAACUUUACAUGGUACUUUUCACUCGAGAGUUGGCAGAAAAGUUAAAAGGAUCGAACGUAGUGAUUAAUAAUGCUGACCCAGGAAUCGUAGCAACGUAUAUAUACAUGCCUGAUAGUAGUUUUCUUAAGAUAAUUUGGCCCAAAGUAGUAGUAUUUUUGAAAUUUUUAUUCAAAACACCAUGGCAAGGGGCUCAAACAGCUAUUCAUGUAGCGUUAGAUGUAGAAGGAGUAAGUGGCGAGAUGUUCUCAAAUUGUAAAAUCUCAAAAGCUGCCACGAAGGCAUAUGAUAAAGAUUUGGCGAGUAAGGUGUGGGAUGAAUCAGUAAAAUUUGUUAGAUUAAGCUUUCAAGAGGUCUUAAUAAUUGAUGAAUUGAUAAAACAUAGCUUAAGUUAA